AUGUCUUUUUCUCAAAACCUGAGAAUUCAAAAUAUUUUUCCUCCACGAUUCAAUGAUCCAGAUAAAAUCGUGGAUAUGCUUCCAAACCACUUUAACUCUAAGUCUGUGACUAGUUAUGGUGUAUUUAGAGAAAGGCUUGAAAUUAAGGAUUCAAAAGAGAUAAAUGCCGUCACGA